AUGAAGGCCUUGAACGAUGUCAUUGACGGUGGGAAAGUUCGAUACAUCGGUGCUAGCUCUGUCAGUCAUUUCGUGUUCAGAAAAAGAGCCUUCCCUGAUAUAAGACCUAAUGAAUAUGCACCACGCCCAGAUGGCUGCAACGGAUGGCAUCGGUUUGUUUCCAUGCAAAGCCUUCGCAAUCUCAUUGCGCGCCAGGAGGAGCGCGAGAUGAUUCCAUAUUGCUUGGACACAGAGAUCGGACUUACUCCAUGGUCCCCCAUAGCUCGUGGUGUGCUUGCCAGGGCGUGGGAUUCUCGCUCGAGUAUCCGCGAGUCUACUGAUGGCAGUCUUAAAAGCAUUAUCCGUGAUCGAGAAUCGGCAGGCGACAAGGCGAUUAUUGAUAUAGUAGAGGAAGUUGCAAAAGGUAAAGGCAUCACUAUGGCCCAGGUUGCGAUUGUUUGGUGCUUGGCUCAUCCUAACGAGAACCCCAUUCUCAGUCUGAACAGUCAAGAUCGCAUAGAUGAAGCUGUGGCUGCCAUCAGCGUUCAGCUAACAGAAGAGGAGAUACGUUACUUGGAGGAGCUCUAUGUACCCAAACAGAUCCAUCCAUCUGAGAGAUAG